CAAAGAGAGUUGGCAACAUUGAUGACUGACAGAACGGACGACAGCUCAUCGUUAUUAUUUUCCUUAUUUUCAUUUCGAUGAUUUUUACUUACCCACUUUGUUUUUAAAUAUUUAAUAAGUGUUUCGCUUAAAUAUUAUCAAAAUGUGGGACCCAACUCAUGUGCAAGUUACUGUUCAAAGAGCGCGGGGGCUUCUGAUUAAAGGUAAAAACGGUACAAAUAACUGUUUUGUGACUAUAGCCCUAGGUAAAGAAAAAUUCCAAACUUCCGUUAAGCACAAAGCAACAGAAAAUGUCGAGUGGUUAGAAGAGUGUGAGUUGCACAUUCCCACACAAGGAAAUACAGCAGAAAUCGUUUUAAAGGUAUGGGAUGAAGAUUUUGUAAAAGAUCACUUAUUAGGUCAAGUGUCGAUUCCGUUAAAAGACCUCGAUGUCUACGAACGACCAAGGAACCGUUGGUAUCCUCUUCAGGGUAAAGCUGGAAAAGAAAAGGAUAAAAAACGAGGUGAAUUGGAGGUCAAAAUUGGCUUCACAGUCAAAGAAGGAAGCCUUACUGAUCUUAGUAAAAAAGAGAAACAUAGAUCUUCCUUGUCCAGCAUUGCUCAAAAUGUUGGAGGUAGUCUUAUGAGUAUUGGCAGUAUCGAGAAACGUAAAAGUAUUAAAAAGUUUGCGAAAAAUUUGGGAUCUAAAAUGAACUUGAACAAGAAAGAUAAAAAGAGUGACUCUUCCUCUCUCAGUGAUAGCAUAGGGAAUCUGAAAGGCUCUGCAGUUUCCACUCCAGAGCACUACACUCCUAAGUCCUUUGAACCAAGAUUUCCAGCUGAAGCAGACCCUGGAGUCAUUAGUGAGGAUGAAGAUGAGUUUGCAUUUGAUGAUUUAUCACAUAAAAGUUCUGCAAGUUCACUUAAUGUACACACUUUACCAAGAGGACAUAAAUAUACACCUUCACCUGUAAAUGCCUCACUAGAGAAUCUGGGUGGAGGAGAAUUUCUAAGAAGGUCUACUAGUAGUAACUUAGCAAACCCUGAAAAAACUGUGCCCCAGAAACCAGUUCGAUUGAAUCUGGAUUCAUUUACUCCAGCUCAACUCCCAACUCAAAUUAUAGAUAAAAACGAUGAAUGGUCCCAAAAAUUAUAUCCUCGAUCAAAAUCUAAUAGUCAAACACUUAUUGAUAAGGAGAAAUCGUCAAGCCUUGAGAGAAACAAUAAACUUGAUAGUCCCAGUUCUUUGAAGGAGAAACCAAGUCCAAAAUUCUUUAAAAAAUUUGGUAGUAGUAAUAAACCCAAAAAGUUACUAGAGGAGCGUAUCAUUGUCGGAGAGGAAAACAUUGUUGAAGAAGAUUCUGGGAAUCCAGCUUACAGUAGUAUUCCAAAAACAGUUGUAGAACAGUUUGAUGGAAAAUCACGAGAAGAUCUUAUUGUACUCAUCUACAAUCUGCAGAAAGAUGCAGAAGCAGAAAAAAAGAAGAACAAAGAUCUUGAAAACUAUUUAGAUGACCUGCUGUUAAGGGUGAUGGAAACAACUCCAAGAAUUUUGCAGAAUCCUUAUGUAAGAAAUAACAGCAUGCAUAUAAGAAAUAAGUAGGUAGCUCAUUGGACAGAUGUUACAUAAACAAGUAUUCCUACUUACCUGAUUAUAAUAAAAUCAAAAUUAUGGUGGCUCUUUACAAUGUAAUUAUUUUUUUAUAAUUGCUUUUUCCUUCACUGCAUGAAUCUCAAAUUUUCAUGAAAUGAGAUGACAACUGUAUUGAAAUACAGAUUUGUAGGAAGGGCCUAAAAAACACAAUAUUAAUUUUCUGUUUAAUUUCCAUUGUUUGGAAAAUGUUAAAACAAAUUUUCCUUGAAUUUACCAUAUUAAGACUUGUUUUACCAUUAUAAUCCAUAUCACAUCAGAAUAUUAAAAUCGGUGGUGAAAGCAGCAAUGGAGGAACUAAGAAGUCCCAAUGUAGAACUUGCAUAUUCGGAUUGCACUUUCACUGCUUCCUCUUGUCUUGUCAUAUUUGAAACUUGUGCCUUAGUAUGUAUCUGUGAUAUAAAUUGGUCAAUAUAGAACAAUAAUUAAUUAAAAUAAAUUUUGGCAUUCAAAACUUUCCAUUUCAUGUUUAUGCAAUCAGAAGAUUAUUAAACCAGAUUUGAAGAUAACUUUUUUCAUGUUUGUGUAUUUGUAUAAUGAAUAUAGAUAAAGCAAAACCUGUUUAUGUUUUGUUUAAUGCUGAAUCUAUUCAUUGUUAAUUUUUCUGUGCCAAAUUUUCUAUAAAAAUAUCAUACUGCAAUGUUUCAGUAUAAAUACAUGCAUAAUUUACCUUUUUUCAUUUGUAAUUACUAUUCUAAUAAAAAUAAUGCUUAAAGUCUAAUAAUUGAAUGAAGAUAUUAUCUCUCCAACAAGACACUUGUGUUGAUUAUUAGUAUGAUUGUGGUAUGACUCACAACACACAUUGUAAAGAAGUGGUGACUAAGAAUCUUAUUAUCAUUAGAGUAGGUAUAAUAAACUUCCAUCCAAACCCUUGGAUUAAAAUUUUAAAUGUUCAAAUAAUAUCUGUCCAAAUAUUUCAAGUUAAUGUUAAUGAAGAAUACAAAGUUAUAUAAAAACCAUUUUUGUUGAGUUCAAUCAUUUGUUGUGAUGUUGUUAUCAUAUUAUUAUUUAAAUGUCUGGUUAGUGCAAAAAUAUUUACUAUCCCUUAUAAGUAUGCCAAUGUGCAAUAUUUUUAAGUGAAUAAAAUAUUCCAUUUAUGUUAAUGUUAAGUAAUAAGUAUAUAAAAAGGUUAAGUUAAUAUGAACAAAAAUUUUAACACAAAUUAAGAUUUUUCAAAAUUUAAUCGACUAAUAUCAGAAUGUGUCAUAAAUAUCCUUCAGUAGAAAUAAUAAUUCAAAAAAUUUUACAUAAGUUUUCAUAAUUAUUUAAUACAUAGUUAAAAUACCAACUGAUCAAAAUAGGGUUGUAUGAUGUUGCUGCAAUAUUGUUUCAGUAUUAUUACAUCACUUAAAAUCCGUCACAGACUUAUAUGUACUUUUUAAGUGCUGCACACGCACGCAGCUGUAAUAUAUAUUUCUUUUGUCAAAUAACAUUUUAAAUCAUUUUAUAUUAGUAUGGCAACUGGCAUUUUGAACUAUGCUACUAUGCUGACCAUCACAUUAUAGCAUUAUUUCCGUGUGUACAAGCCUUCCAUCGAUAUUUUUUUUUAUUACAGUAUAUUAAUAUAUAUUAAAGCUAUGUGUGUGACGAGCUUAAGUACUUUUGCCUGCCCGCCUUAUUUAUAAUGGGAUUACAAAUGAUUUAUUUAAAAAAAAGGAUAGUAUCCAGAUAUUUUUUUUAUAUUAUAUUAAAAUAAACUACUUACUCUUAAGUUGAUUAGUAUUAAUAUAGUCUAAAGUUAAGAGAAAUGUAUGUUUAUUAUGGAAACUUAUAAUAUUAUUAUAAAGGUAUGAAGUAGAUAUAUUCUAACAGAAUGUGUAAACUAAAUAUUUCAUUAAACCUGUUUGUUUGCUAAAAUAAAUAUGAACGUAACAUACAAAA